AAAGAAAAAUAUGAAGUUGACAGUUGGUAACGUGCUUUUUAAAGAAUCAACAACAGGGGGCGCUAUGAGCUCUGAUAGAGUGCUUCACUUCCGGGAUAAUGACUUGGUGAGAUUGUAACAUCGGUGCCGAACAAAAUCGUUUCCCAGGGUGAUGGGGCCAGACAGUGCCCCAGGUCCAGCCGUGCCCUGGCAGAAGGUGCUGUGGGAGCGCCAGCCGUUCCCUGAUAACUACGUGGACCAGCGGUUCCUGGAAGAAUUACGGCGGAAUGAGGGCAUCCGGCAGUACUGCUACUGGGCUGUGGUGAAAGAAGCAGGCUUUGUGGGACAGCAGCUGUCCUGUGUGGCCAUUUUUAUCACCCUUUGGCUCUACAUGGAGCAGGGUCUGCUGCCCCCUGAGACGCUGUUGUGGACCAGCCUUGUCUGCGCACUGCUGGGUUAUGGACUGCACCAAGCCUUGACGUCUCAAGUCGAAUCAGGCUGUGAGCCCCGGACCCGACUGGCUGACUUACAGAGUGCCGCUAUUUUUCUUUCCUUCACCUUUGGAUUCUCACCAGUUCUAAAGACACUAACAGAGUCUGUGAGCACAGACACAGUGUAUGCCAUGUCUGCUGUGAUGCUGCUGGCCCACCUGGUGUCGUUCCCUUAUGCCCACCCCUCACCCCCUGGCAGCCUCUCCCUAAAUGCAGCCCUGUUUGCCUCAGUGUGUUUAGCCUCAAGGUUACCUGGGGCUCUGCACACCUUCGCCAUGCUCAGCUGUGCCCUGAUGGUGUUUGCCCUGUGGCCCUGCCUGCUACAGAGGUUGAGGGAGAAUGCCCCUAGCCAGUUUACGGGGGUGUGUGUGGGAGUGUGUAUCGGAGGGGUGGGUGGUCUGGGGUCCCAGUCACCAGGGGGAGCAGUGCUCUUAGCCUUGGCCUUAGGGAGCGUUACAUUGCUCUGCCCCCUGCUGCUAGUGAGGCUGCAGAGACACAAGGACAACAUCCAUGGACCCUGGGAUGAGGCUGAGAUUCAUGAGGACCUCAGCCACUUCCUUCAAUAAUGGACAGAGCGAAGAGGAGCGAAUGGUCUAAGCCAACUGAGAAUUUUAUAUGAAUUAAUGUACUGUCAGUCUGCAGUAUUAUGUUGGUGCUGUACAUUUAAACUGACAAAUGCUAACUCUUUUAUCAUUGGUCCACAUCUGUUUUCGACAGCCCUGUUGCAGACAAUAUGAAGAUGGUUUUUAAUGUUCAAGCUGCUAUGCUACAAGUGUUGACUCUCAGAAUUUGUAUGGAAAGUAUCAACUAAUGUGCAAUGCUGACUUACAUUACUGGACACAUUCUGAUGCUGUGCACCAGUUUGCUAUCAGUGAUGUUUUAGUAAUCUGUGGGAGAUGUUCCAUGUGUUAUGGUUGUGUUCAGUGUAUGAAUGGACUGGCGCAUAGUGUUUAACACAAUGUCUUCCAAACGAUGUUAAAAGUAAACAUUAGAAGUACACAUUAAGAUUUUAAAGGGUUUUGCUAUUUAAAAAAAGUGUUUUACCUGGACUACUGUGGAAGUGUAAUACAACAGUAAUGAAAUUAUAGCCUCAAAUUAAUUUUUAAGUUUUACAUGGUGCUCAUUUCAUCUACAUUUUAGACCAGCAAAUUUGUGAAACUCUGAAUCUUGACAGACUACUAAGGUUUCAAGUUGUGUUUUGUAUGGAGGGCCAGUUAGCUUGUCAACAAUUAAUGACAAUAAUGAGAGCUUUUUAGUUUUAUAACCCAGCAGCUCCUUUCUAAUAAUGUGGUAUUACACAGGUAAACCUGAGAGUACAAGCAGCUCCUGUUGAUCAUACAGGGCAGAAAACGGCUGCAGUGCUGCCCCGUGGACGUGCUGCUCUCGCGGGAGUGUCAGCUACGUUGCAGUCCCGGCCGCACCCCGAUCAGUGACGUCACAAUGGCGUUGCCAGUUAAUGAAAAACGCCUGUGGAAAUUAUCACGCUGCUAAAAAACCUUUCAGCCCAUAGAGAGCAGCACAGCGGCAGUUUUCUGCCCUGUCAGAUUUACUUUUGAUGAGUACCACUGAGUACCACUCCGUGCCACUCACUCUACCUUUUGUUCAGCAUGCAUUGUGAGGAAGACUGGAAUUGUUGUAGCUAAUGUUUAUUUUUAUUUUGUUUGUUUUUGUUUCAAUACAUUAAAGACCAGCUAACGUUA